CUUGCUAUAAAUUAAGUUCAGGUGUGGUACUUGGCAUUGGGUUUGAUACAGGUUUUUUUGAGGCAAGUAAAAUGGGUAAGGUUAGUGAGAAACUUAUGGUGUAUUGCUUGGUAGCAAUCUUUGUGGUCAUUGCAAUGGUGGAAGGAGCUAAAGGGGCAACCAUAUGUAACAUUCCAUUGAGUAGGUUGAACCUUUGCCGGCCGGCGGUCACCGGGAGAUACCCUCCACCACCUACCAAGAAAUGUUGUCUUUUGAUAAAACAUGCCGACUUGAAUUGUCUUUGCAAGUUCAAGGAUGCUCUUCCUGCCUUCAAUAUCAACCCUUCUCGUGCAUUUGCAUUGCCUAAGAAGUGCAAAUAUAAUCUUCACAUACCACCAAAAUGCAGGGGCUGAAGCACACUUGAAUGUCUUGUUCAUUUGCAGGCUGAAUUACACUUGAAUGUUCCUUAAUUAUCUGCUGAAGAUUUUUUUGGAUCAUGUUUAGAUAUUAUAUGUAUUGAAAUUGUGUUAUUUGAGUGUUGUUGUAUUUCUUGUUGCAAUAAUCAUUUCAGUUUUCUUCUUAUUAUUUUUGGUCAUGUCCUUAAUGAUUGUAUUAUUAAUGAAUGUUACUCGAAUUUGAAUAUCGAUAUUUUAUAAAGAUAUCGAUAUAUCAUUUUUGAAGUUCACAAAA